GUCUCAAUUUCUUAAUUUUUGUUUGGAAUUUUUUUUCUGAAAGGCAGAAGCAAGAGUCACCUGACCAUAGGCUACCUACCAAAGCGGAGCAAAUUCACCAAAAGCAUCCGAUCAUUUCUUCCCUUGGGAAGUGCUUCAGAUCCUAUGCAUCCUUGAGAAAAUCCGAAGACUAUGAUCGGGGUUUACAUUUACAUGUGCUUCAUUUAAUGUGGUUUGAACAAGGCAGUUAGCAUUCCAAGCUGUACUGUAUGCAGUUUCGAAAUACCAUAUGCACACUACUUAUAUUAUAAAGGAUUCAGUGAUGCCAGCAGUUAAAGCAGUUAUUCGGUUUGAUCUUUGAUUGUUUAUUCAUAUGGUACCUUGUAGUUUGCUUGUUGAACAACUGUGACUUACCGAGUUAUAUAAUUUUCUCAAUGGGCGAUGCUGUGCAUAGCUAUGAUUUGAGUAAGAACUCUGACACAAUUGGUGUCGUCAAUGGAAAAAAUGUGUCUAAAAAAUGUGUAGUCACUUCUGGUUCCGAGGCUUUCUUCCAAAAUACUCUUAGACACAUAGGUUCACUAAACCAUGGUAAAAUAGGAAGGGGGAAUGCUAGGCAUGUGGCACUGUUUUUCCUCAAAGUUGCUACCCUAGAGAUGGUACGAAGGUUCUCAAGAGCUAAAUGCCCAUUUGCAUGGCGUGGUCUUCAGGCAAUGCAAGUUCUCUGCUAUCCACCAUUUAAAUGGAUCCAAAGAUGGGCUCCCUUCAAGGGUUUGGUUAAAGGCAUGCAGAUACUGUCAAGGCCGUUGUUAGUUCUUUCAAUUGCCACAGCUUUCUCUGAUCAAUCAGAGUGUACUGAUGAAACUUCAGAUGGUAGCAGUGGUUCUCAUGGUAGCAAUGAUUCUCAUGAAUGUUCAGAACCGGAACCACAUGCUGAGCCAUCUUUACAUUCUGCUCCAGAUACAAGGAUUUUUGAUGUUGAUCCUCAAAGCAUAGCAUCCGAGAAGUGGUUGCAACAACUUUAUAAAGAGCUGGAGAGACAAGGCAUUAGUUUACCAGAAAGAAUUAAUGAGGAUGAGCUCCGUAGAUUUUAUACUGCAGUAAAUGGUGACUUUUCUUGCUUGCUAUUAUCAAUUAAGAAGACAAUCUAUUGGAGGAAGACAUACCAUAUUCUUUCAGCUGAAGAACUUGAGAUGUGGUCAAAUAUGGUCUUCUGGCAUGGAUUUGAUAUGAAGCACCGACCUUGCCUUAUUGUACGCCUUGGUCUAGCAUGCUUCAUCUUGCCAUCUCAUGACAGACCUCGCUUUGCUCAAGCAGUUGUGUCCCAGAUAGAGCACGGAGUCCUGCAUUUAGUUGAUACAGAAAAUCCUCAAAUAACAAUCUUGUUGGACUGUGAAGGGUUAUCUCCAUUGAGAUUUCCCAUGCAAAUUAUGAGAUCCUGUUCUUCUCUUCUGCAAGAUCACUUCCCAAAUCGUCUUGGCUGCUUGUUUGUUAUACGACUUCCUCCAGUUGUCCGAGUUGUUGCUCAAACAUUUAUUCAAGUUCUGAAACCCAUUACCCGACAGAAGUUAAGAUUCGAGGGGGAGAUGUACCUGAAGGUUCUUUCUGAGCACCUUCAAACACUCCCAUCAUAUCUUGGUGGUAAAUGUGCAUGCAUAAAGUGUUCAAAGCUUAACAAUAUGCAUCAGCCUUCCACGGAUGAGGAGACCAGUAAUGUGGAGCCAAUCACAGAUAGCAGUGAUGAUGAGGACCUGUCCUAUCUGACGUACCAGAUUGAUGAUCAAAUGAAUGAUACCUGUGAUCAGGUAUUAAGGACUGCUGUAAUGGGUGUCCUCAUGUUUUGGGUUUUAAUGGCUGUUAUGGCGGGAUUGCCUGAUCUUGUCCCCAUGAGACCCUGGCUUUGACUAUUACAAGCUCCUGGAGACCCUAGCUGUCGGAAGGCACAGCAUGAGCAUGUGUGGUAACGCAUAGACUUAACACGUAGCUUGGAAGAUACUUCUGGAUAGGAGGUUGGGGUGGGACGUGAUUGAAGUAGCCUUAAAAGAUCAAAGUGGGCCGAGCAGGAUGAGUAGCAAUAUAGGUGUUCGAUUAUGAGCGACGCAUGGUGCCACAAGUGCAUACAGCACUACCAGCAGGUGUUGCAUUGCUUGUGGGUGCAGUGCUCUACUGUUGCAGCAUGUGGUGACACCUUCAUGUCACGCUUGACAAAGUUAUGGAUUUUGACACUUCGAUAAUUUCCAAAGUUCUUGGAGGCCUGAAA